UUUGGUUUUGGAGGAAUUAAAAAAAGCUUGGACUCCGUUUGGGUCAUUUUUUCCCUCCCUCCCCGCGUUUCUCAUCUUAAAUGGUCAAUGAAAACAAGAGGAUGUACAUUCCAGAAGAAAACCACCAAGGUUCCAACUAUGCGAGUCCCCGUCCUGCUCAUGCCAACAUGAAUGCCAAUGCAGCUGCAGGGCUUGCACCCGAGCAUAUCCCUACUCCAGGUGCAGCCCUCUCCUGGCAGGCUGCUAUUGAUGCUGCCAGGCAGGCCAAAUUGAUGGGUGCUGCCGGCAAUGCAACAAUAUCUACCGCCAGCUCGACGCAGAGGAAGCGGCAGCAGUACGGGAAACAGAAAAAACAGGGUACCACCACAGCGACACGGCCUCCCCGGGCAUUGCUGUGUUUAACACUGAAAAACCCCAUCCGGAGGGCAUGCAUCAGUAUCGUUGAAUGGAAAUAUCCUUUUUGGUGUAGUGACAUCGAAAACCAUUAG